AUGAGCCCGCCCCAUUCUCCCUCCUUCCAUCACCUCGGCCCAUUCUCCUUCCUUCCAUCACCCUGCCCCAUUCUCCCGCUUUCCAUCACCCCGCCCCAUUUUCCCCCCGCCCCAUUCUCCCGCUUUCGAUCAGCCCGCCCCAUUCUCCCGCUUUCCUUCACCCCGCCCCAUUCUCUCGCUUUCCAUCAACCUGCCCCCUUCUCCCGCUUUCCAUCACCCCGCCCCAUUCUCCCGCUUUCCAUCACCCCACCCCAUUUUCCCAUUUUCCAUCACCUCGCCCCAUUCUCCUUGCUUCCAUCACCCCGCCCCAAUCUCCCUCCUUCCAUCACCCCGUCCCAUUCUCCCGCUUUCUAUCUCCCCGCCCCAUUCUUCCGCUUCCCAUCAUCCAGCCCCAUUCCCCAGCUUUCCAUCACCCCUCCCGAUUCUCCCUCCUUCCAUCACCCCGCCCCAUUCUCCCGCUUUCCAUCACCCGCCCCAUUCUCCUGCUUUCCAUCACCUCGCCCCAUUCUCCCGCUUUCCGUCACCCCGCCCCAUUCUUCUGCUUUCCAUCACCCCGCCCCAUUCACCCGCUUUCCAUCACCCGCCCCAUCUCCCGCCUCAUUCUCCCGCUCUCCAUCACCCCGCCCCAUUCUCCCGCUUUUCAUCACCCCGCCCCAUUCUCCCGCUUUCCAACACCCCUCCCCAGUCUCCCGCUUUCCAUCACCCCGCCGCAUUCUCCCGCUUUCCAUCACCCCGCCCCAUUGUCCCGCUUUCCAUCACUCUGCCCCAUUCUCCCGCUUUCCAUCAUCCCGCCCCAUUCUCCCGCUUUCCAUCACCCUGCCCCAUUCUCCCUCCUUCCAUCACCCUGGCUCAUUCUCCCUCCUUCCAUCACCCUGCCCCAUUCUCCCGCUUUCCAUCACCCCGCCCCAUUUUCCCGCUUUCCAUCACCCAGCCCCAUUCUCCCGCUUUCCAUCACCCCGCCCCAUUUUCCUGCUAUCCAUCACCCCGCCCGAUUCUCCCGCUUUCCAUCACCCCGCCCCAUUCUCCCGCUUUCCAUCACCCCGCCCCAUUCUCCCGCUUUCCAUCACCCCGCCCCAUUCUCCCUCCUUCCAUCACACCACCCCAUUCUCCCGCUUUCCAUCACCCCGCCCCAUUCUCCCUCCUUCCAUCACCCCGCCCAAUUCUCCCUCCUCCCAUCACCCUGCCCCAUUCUGCCCCAUUCCCCAACACGGUGCGUUGAACACACGGUGGGUGGAACACAUUGUGGGUUGA